GAAAAUUGGUCACGUGACUACACGAAAGCAAAUCAUAAACAUAGGAUCGUUUCACAGCCGUCGACCGUCUGCCAGAUGGGCUGAAAAAAGAACAGACGACAGGGUAACUGCUGAUGGACUGUUUGUCAGCUGAGGUGGAAAGUGGUUUCAGAGACUCCAAUCGAACAGUUUCAGCUAUGUAGCGGAGGUGGUUUGGUGUUUGCGGGGAGAAAUGAAGCCCGAAAAAGGUGGCCAAGACAUGGAGGACACUGUGUGGGUUCCCGCAGAUCUGUUUGCUGAGAUAGGAUUGUUAGUGACUGAGGCCAGAACCCCUGACCUGUCCCCUAAAGGCCGUGUGGAGGGUCCCCACUGUCUCCCUGUACAGGGGGUCAGAGAUCAUGUGUGUGAUAAACACAGACAACAGUGCCGGAAAACUGACCUCCAGAAAAAGCACAUGUUCAUGUUGUCAAAGAAUAUGAUACCGAUGCGAAUCGAUGUGUUCCUGAUGCCAAAUUGUGAUCAUGGUCAGCUGGAGACUUGCACUGUGGUUGGUCCGAUCGCGGCUAGUCAAGAGGAAAUGACACUACUAGAGAGAUGGGACGUCCAGAUUUUGUCCAAACGAAGACUGGAGAGAUGUGAUGCUGCAUUUGUGACUGGGAGGGUUCUCCUACAGGCCGUGCGGAGUUAUCUCCACUUCUCACAACUGAGUUCUUGGUUGACCUCACAGAGGGGGCAUCUGCCGGUACAGGUUGUUUACAGGGUGUACGCCCCUGGUGAAUCAGUGUGUCAUGGAUUCACUUCCUUACCGGAAAAACACCACUUCCCGAUCGCUGACCUGUCACAUUCGGCAAUACGUGCCGAAGUAUCGUCUAUUCCGCGCCAGCAGACUAUUCCAAUAUUCCUCUGUACUGAAGAGGACACCAUGGGUGGGCUCACACGUAAACGUAAGAGCCCAGUGCAGCAGGGUGAUCACUGCGCGGGGGAGGCCAGUCCAUUCAGUGUGUACGAUGAGAAGAAACAAAGCCUACCUGUAAAGAAGCAUUUACCUGCCAGACUUAGACCAGGCUAUGAUAGAGAAUCUGUCUGUUCUCAACCAAAGCCAUGUACAUACACGUCGCCCUACGAGAUUCCAGACAAGUCAAAAGUUGUUGGAAAACAAAAGGAUGGCGGUCUGCAUUCAGAUUCGUGCUCUUCCAUUGAUCCUUCACCAGUGAUGCAAAAAGACGACAUCGAAGGGAAAAAAUGCUGGUCGAGUUAUUCUUCCAUUGCUUGUGAAACACAGUAUGAAUUACGAAAACCACCAAAAAGUCAACCUCAAAAACGUACCAAAAAACUAGAAAAUUUCUCUCUCAUUGACGAUAAUUUAAACGAUCAACACUUCAGUGAAGGAAAUACAUGCAAAACGAGGCCGAAGUCUGACCAAAGUCUAGACACUGGUCAGUCCUGUUCAAGACUUGGCUAUGAAUCUGAAAAGCCCAGUGGUAAUAUUUCCGAAAAGAUAUCUGCGAUGAAACAAACAUUUCGGGGAAACCCUCUCGAUUUGUCGGAUCAUCACCAUGAAGCGUCUUACUCCAAGGGUCACGAACCUUCUGUUCUUGUGAAGCGCUUACCAAGCCCAAAGGUUCUUCUCACCAGCACAGGGAACACGAAAGGAUCUCCCGUGUUCUUCAAGCGUCGAAAGAUUGACCUCGGCGCCCCAGGGGACCAGUACGAUACCGUAACGGAGGAUCGCGUUCUGUCGGAUGCAAUAAGUGAUUUAGUGAAGCCACUUAAAUCUGAAGAUAUUGAAGCCUACCUUUCUAGUCUAUCUCAUCAUGUGCCUGUUUCGGAGAAAACCAGCACAACCCUUGAUAACAUUCCACUAACACAAUGUCGAUUCUACAUAGGAGAUGAUACCAAAAAGAAAACAGACGUUCCACAACCCCAAUCUCGACACGAUAUGAAAUUGGACCGAAAUCAAUCCAAAAAGCUUGAGAAAGUAAAUUCCAAGCACUCUGUUGUACGACAUUUGUUUAAAAAGAGUCUUUCAGAACCCGGGCCUAGUCUUUGCCAAUUAGAAACUUGUGAAAUUAGUCUCAGCAGUAGUGAAAACGAUCAUUCUGAGACCGUGUUAUCCAAGAAACAUUCAAUUCCUCAAAAUGUUGAAGAUAAUUCUGAAAAUGGAUAUUCUGACGAUUCGACACCCACAAACAGUCUUUCAGAUUGUAAUGAUGUACUAACUUCCAGCCAUUUAUCAUCAAACUCAUCUUCUAUAUCCACUGGUGUUUCAACCAAGAGAUCCCCUCCAGUCUCUUCAUAUGCUUGGGAGGCAUCCUCGGACCUUAGCUUGUCAAAUGCAAAGAAAGAGCAGCAAGGGGAGGUAACUCGUGAGGAAAAGCAUGAUGUUCCAAUCUGUAACAAUAGGGACGAUUCUUACUUUGAAUUGGAGAGAGGAUUCUCAAGUCUUGAUAUAAAAUGUGAUUCUAGUCUUUCUGGGUCAAACUUCAACAACCGUGAUUGGACAGGAAAUUCAAACGCUAACUGUGAUCUUACGGUAGUAACAGGUGAUGACGGAGGAUCAUCUGUAAAUGGUGAUGCCUCCAAACGCGACGAUAUCUGUGAUAAAAAUAACCUGUCGAAGAGUAGGAAGACAGGGGGAGCAACUCUGUGCAAACACAUACUGACAAAGGAGCUGCAAAGAAACCUACACAAUGAGGAAGCUAUAACACAGUGCUUACGGAUGGAAAAGCCACAGAAGUCGGACAUCUUUGAGUUCCGCCAGACUCUGGAUAGGAGCUCUGCAAUGGUCUUCAAUACCUCCACUGGACUACCUUCCCGUUCUAGUCCGGCUCCAGUGAAAAGGAAGUCCACGGGACGAUUUGACUACGACAACACGCUGAUCAACGCUCGCGCCAUCAAAAAUGCUUUGUCCUGUUCCAAGCUGGUGCUCCAUUCCGAAUGUACCGGAGUUGCCGACGACAACUCCAGCAAAGUACUAAGUACCAGUGCACCAGCGUCUACCAACUGUCUCUUAGGAAACUUCGAGGAAUCUGUAUUGAAUGGUCGAAUAGAGCCUGUUGGGGUGGUCAGUGGCUUUACAGCAGAGAUUGGGGCCGGAGGCUGCUUCUGUCCCAAACAUGUGACAAUACCUGUUACUGCCUACUUCUUCCAGCUGUCAGAUGAUAAUGCCCCCUCGCCCUACCUGGGUCAUAUAAACCUGGAUUCCAUAGGAAAGAGGGGAUAUCACAUUCCAAAGUGUGGUACACUUCAAGUA